GGAGAGGCAGAGUGGACGGUGCCUAAAGUUACACCGUCGCCAACUAUAACAAUCCAUAUAUUGACAUUUUAUGAAUAUGCUAAACUGUCUAGAAUUUGGUGCAUGCAACGUAUGGGAUGGGGAAAAAGUGCAGUACCCAGCAUACCACAAGUCAAAGAUGCCCCUGAGAGCACCAUCUACCCCAGGGAUGAGGAGGAGUUGGGGGUGGAGAACACGCUCAUCUGCUUUCUGAAUCAUUUAGAAAGCAGAGUCAAUUGGACCAAUAAUGGCCUGGAGGUGACUGAGGGAGCGUAUCUCAGUCGGUACUAUUCUAAUAAAGAUGGAACGUUCCACCAGUUCUCCACCCUGAGUUUCACCCCACAGGAGGGGGACGUCUACGCCUGCACUGUGGAGCACACAGCCCUGAAGGACCCCAAAACCAGGUUCUGGGAGCCUGAGGUCAGUGAGAUGAGUGGGUCCAGUGCUGGUCCUGCUGUAUUCUGUGGAGUGGGUCUGACUCUGGGGCUGCUGGGGGUGGCUACCGGAACAUUCCUCAUCAUCAAAGGAAACCAGUGCAAUUGAGAACCAGAGAUAUAGAAUAGAGGUGAAAGUGACAUGGUAAAGGGCUGA